UCGAGGCGCGCGUUGGUCUGUUUACCGAGCGAGGCAGCAGCCGGCGCGCGCACUGAGCACGGUCUCACGUGCUAAACAAGAGUUUCCAGCGCUGCUGAAUUGUAAUAGCUUUCCAUGGUGUUUUCCUUUCAGUUUAUCGGUGCUAAUUCGUUCCGGGCGUAAACUAAACAUUGUGUGUGCCGUUCGGAAACUCCGGGUUUGAUUUUCGUGCGGCUAAUAAAAAUUAUACGUGUUUUCGGGCGGAUGCGAUGAAUAAAUUUUGCAAAUCGAGUCUGUGUGUCGAAAAGUUUCGUGAGAGCUAUGCUUUGAUCGGUCGACGAGUGGUAGUGGAUGUUGUUGGAGUUCUUUUGGUGAUAUCAGUGAGCUUGAGGCUGUGCAGGCUGUUGCUGUGGCCUCUGGGACUCGGAGACAUUAGUGUCGGGAUCAUCACACACUUGUUACGCCGCGAUUCUGCCGGCGUCUGAGAUAGACCCGCGGCGUGCAAAGAAGACUAAAGUGCCAUUCAAUCAGUUUACCACACAGUGAUAUUUAGCCUUAAACUAGCGUUAGUGUCAGUGAUAUUAAAGUGUUAAUCUAGUUUUACGAACGUUACCAAAAAAUCAGCGAAACUGGCUCCUUACAAGGAUAUAAUGAAUCAGUCGAGCAUGAGUGCCGUGCCGACGAUAAAGUGUGAAGAGGUAGCGUCGCCGGUAGGUGGCGCUGUCGGGGCGGACGACCCAGGUGGCGCGUACAACCUGAGCGUCAACGUAAACCUCAGCGCGUCCGUCAUAGGCCUCCUCACUGCGGAGUCUGCGAAUACAACGUUGCGGACGCCGGAGAUCGUGAACGAUCUCAUCACCAUGACGAAUCCUCUGGACCAGUACAACUACAGUGAGAAGACGUCAGGAUUCAAGAGUGCGAGCGGGAACGACUCCAACUCCUCUAUGUCCAACGGCUCGUCAGCGACGUCGCCAGCCUCCGGUACUCCGCCCAGCAUACAAAAGACUUGCUCGGAACUAAUAAAGGCAGGUUUGAAGCUGUCCAUCGAGUCGAAACGCAAGAUGUCCGGCAGCGACACGGACAUGGGCAUCAAGAGGAUGAAGAGAGAAGACAGCGACGAGGAUUAUGACAGCAGUCACACGCACACAACUAAGAGCGAAGGGCUUACCCCCGAAGACGAGGAACGACGGCGGCGACGAAGAGAGCGCAACAAAAUCGCAGCCACCAAGUGCAGACUGAAGAAACGGGAGCGCACCGUUAACCUGGUCUCCGAGAGCGAGGUCCUCGAGAACCAGAACAUCGACCUGAAGGCGCAGUUGAAGGACCUCGAAGUGGAGAGGCGGCAGCUCUUGGAAAUGCUCAACGUGCACAAAGCGUCGUGCGUCAAGAACGGGGCGCGGGCCUCGCCCACGAACCCCGGCUACAGCCUCGUCCGCUACGACACCAACACAUUCCCCGCCUUCGAGCAGAGCCCCUACAUUCGCCCCGAGUCCGCCAACAUCCUCGCCUCGGCCACCAGCUUCCCCGGCGAAAUAGAACCCAUCGCGUCCAUCGAGCCCCUCUACAUGUCACAGAUCCUCGAGGGCGACUACACCCGGCCCGACAGCGUGCUCAGCCUGCAAACCAACCCUGACACGUCGUUCGUCACGACGGACGGCUUCAUAUCCAAGACCACAAACCUCCUCGUCCCGAUCGAGUCCGAACAAGAGUACUACGAUGCCGAGGCCAACUACAACCUGAGCACGCAGCAGUGCCAUACGUACCCUGCGACCGUCCCCGACUCGCAAACCAAACUCAACAACGGCCUCAACGACGGCUGCCUGGUCUAACGUCUCACGAGUAUACGUAAGGUUAAGCAUUGAGAAAUUCGGAAUAGAGCGUCAUCACCGUUGUAACUUUUACUUCACUUUAUAUCUGUGUCCAAUGUGAUAAUUUUUCAUAACUUUGUCUUAAAAAGUGAAGUAAAAGCUGCCCUUUUUUCGUAUUAUAUAGAAAUUUAAGCUAAAGCAGGGAUGGGAGGUAUAUUUCGAAACAAAGUCGUAUGUCUACUGUGUAGAACAACAGCGUAGAUUAGUAUGGUGCCUGUAUCGUUUAUGACGAGUGAAACUAAAGGGUAUUGGCGAAAGAUUACUCCGUAUAGGUAGGUAUCAAUAUUUUCAUUUCAAAUAUUUCGACAUUAUGACCAUUUAUUUAUGUUAUGUUUAUUUUAUUCCGCGUUGUGAAAUAAUAAAAUUAUUGCUUAACACUUCAAUAGAAACUGUGAAACAGUUGAUAGUUAGGUACCCCCCUAUUUUAUUUUUACCUAGAUGUUUAACUCUUAACAUAUGAUUAGGUACCACUCUCGGUUAUUUUUUUAAGUGAAAUAAUUUUGCUUUGAUCUGUUUAAUAAUAAGUUUACUGGUUGAGAUCUGAUUAUGUGGUGCAAUAUGAGAAAUGAGAUUAAAUUAAUGAAAGUAUCUCACGAUGAAAAAUUCUGCACGUUAUGAAUUUGUUUUGUUGAUUACAAUGUGUAUGAAAUGUCUUGCACAAGACAAAGAAAAUACCUAAAUUAUGAUACAUCACAUUAAAAUAUUUCAUCUUCCAAUAGGUAAUUAGAAUUACUUACAAAUACCUCCCGUUGAUAUUCCGAAAGUAUAUUGUAUUGUUGCUAAAAUAUAUUCACAGAUUAUUAACGAAUAGAUUUAUAAAGAUGAAAACAUACAUGAUUUAUAUAAGUAGAUAAGUGUUGUAGCUAUACAAAAAAUAAUAUUAGCGUGUAAGGUGCUUUAAUACAAAAUACAAGUGAUAGAAUAUAAAGAUGGCGUUAUGGGAAACAAAAUUUAAUGGCUUUAUAAGUAAGGCAUCGAAUAAUAUGUAUCAUAUAUAUUUUUGAAUGUAAUUCUGAUAUGAAACAUUUCAACUAAACUGUAUUCUCCGUUAAACUUUUCGCCGCCAUUGACUUGAUAUAAAGUCAGUAUACAUUUCGUGCCCCACACGCCACGACUUGAUAUACUAUGUUAUACGGGUUGUUUACGUGCAAUUUUUGACAUGGCGUAUGGCGUUGAUUACACUUUAUUCAUUACCGUGGCGGCGAAAAGGUUAACUGAGGCGAUGAUUAAUUUCUUUUUCAUUCUAGCCAGUUAUGCAAGUGUGGAAGACAAGUUUUACGACCCCUGUUGUCAGUUAGGUUUUCAGUGAGCUAGUUAAGUUAACCUAGCAAGCAGUUGUCUAGUUACAUAUAGAAGAACAGGAAUCUAUAAGUCCUAUAACUAAGUUUAGCUACACGAACUUUUAAAGUUGCUAAGUAGUAAUGAAAAGAAGAUCGUAGUAUGUUAAAUUUAAAUAUUUUAGCAGGUACCUACUAAAAACGUAACAGCCAGGUUCCUUGCAAAAAACAGGACUUUAAAACACGUUAUUUAUAAAGAAGCUACUUAUGAAUUUUGAUUUAAAAUAUCUUAUCUAUAGUGCCUAUUUUGUUCAGAUAAACUGCAGGCAGGUUUUGAGUAAGGCCUUUACAUUACAGUGAAGCGGAAAUAUGAACCUUGCAUCCUUGUACGGACGUCAUGUACUCGUACAUAGUAUAAAGUUUAUUAUGAAAUGGUGCCUUUUAUUUAACACAAUCAGGAAUAAGUAUUACCGUUUUGUUGUAAAAUAUGAAUGUUAUAUUUUUGUACGAUUUUACCAUAAGCGAUAAAUGCGGUUGUAUCUGAGCUACUAUUGUUAACCCUUUGUAUGCCACGCCGGUCGUGUGCGGCGUGAACAAAUGCAUGAAGGUCGUUGAUAUUGGGCUGUAGCCGCACGCGUCAGUUGACGUCUUUGGCAGUCAAAAAAUAUUACAUCAGCGACUUUUCAAGAAAUGAAUGAGAUAAAAUAUUCAUGGUGUAGUCUGUAACCGGAGUUGUGCUUUUAGCCAAGAAUAACAUUUUACUCAAUUACUAUAAAAUUAAAGGUCAAAGUCCGAUGAGUUAACUAACAGCCAUCAUAAUUGGGACUUGGAUUUUGUCAUGAAACAUCUGCCUUUGAUUUUCGAUUUACGACUAAGAUAUUUAAAUUCGACCACAAUGUACCUGUUCAAUUCGAAUAACAGGAUAAAUUGUACAUAGUUUACACGCAAUACUUCAGCCAAGUGCUUAUAUCAUGUUAAAGUGGCAAACAUUGAACUGAUUACCUAUUGUCCGCAAAGUACAGAAUUUUUACCGUGGAAAUUCUGUACUCUGUGCGUUUGCCUCUUAACUCGUAUUUUUUUACCGAAUAAUCGAAAAUAUAAUAAUAUUUUCGUUAUCAGCACUAUAACUUAUAUCACCUAUAUAGUUUCUAAGGUUUAAAAAACCAUCAUGUAGCUAACUCCGGUUCGCAAUAGUCGUACGAAUACUUAGUCUGUUCGGAAAAAGAAGAGUCUCCAUACAUUCAACGGCUCUUCUCUUUAUGCACACUCUAUCUACAAUAAAUACUUAUUGUUUUGGAGUUUGUACCAUUUUGACGUCAAGGACGCCCAUAUUCGCCAAGAGUAGUGCCCACAACGCCAAAAACAAGCAACACUUGUACAAGGUGAUUGUAUUAAAAGUGUUACGCUGUCAAUGUAAUCUUCAUGCUUUGAUGUAAGGUUUAUAUUGCUUUGAACGCACCCAUGAUCUUGGCGUGUGUCGUUUUUAUAAAUUUGGGUUUUUAAAUGGUCAAGUUUCGUUAAUUUGCAUAAAAAGCUAAUUUUAGUAAAAUGUACGUGAUAACAUAGUAAGUCUAUGUUAACUGUAGCUCAGUUACAUGGUAUUGCAGACCAAUACUUACAGCAGUGCCUUUCGCGUAUGAAACCAGUGCCCCUAGUCUUUUGGCCUCCCGAGCCAAGUCGCGCAAGCAUUUAUUUUUAUAUUGUUGGUAAUACAAAUACAUUGUGAUAAAAGUUAACUUAAGCGUAGGUACACGCAAAAAUACCUAUUUAUUGACAGCACAAUAUUUAAGGGAAUGUUAUGGAGUUAUGAUUUCUCUUGUUUAACAAGAAUGUUAUGUAAUGAAAUGCAAUGAGCUUGAAUUCAGUUUAUAGAUACAUUGUGUCUUAGACUCUAUUUUUGCCAAUCUUUCUUCGAUUUAAUUUGGGCAUCACUACACCUUAUAAAACAAAGUCCCCCGCCGCGUCAUUCUGUGUGUAUGUAUGUUCGCGAUAAACUCAAAAACAACUGAACGGAUAUUCAUACGGUUUUCACCUAUGAAUAGAGUGAUUCUUGAGAAAGGUGUAUAAUUUGUUAAGGUUUUGUGUAACCCGUGCAAAGCCGGGGCGGGUAGCUAGUUAGGUACAUAUAAAUCUCAUAUUUCGUUGACACAUUUGAAUUAAAUAACUUGUGUAAAUGUAAAUAGAAAUUGUAUAACUAAAGCUCAUUGCAUCUUAGAAGUGUGAAGGUACCGUCACAGUAAUCUUACAAGUAAGAUUAACUUUAGAGGGUAUAGUAGCGUAUAAGAAAGCUUUUUGUCUAAGCAACGAGUCGGUUAAGUUUUCGACUUUAUUAACAUGUAGAUAAAGUUCAAAAUGUUAACCGCUGUUGCUACUUGUACCGCGUUUUUUUAUUUCAUUUACUAAAUUAUCUGUCCGAAUGGUCAAUUUCAGAACAGAUAAGUUGGUAUCUUUGCUCUUUGACAUAUAAGUAUAAAAGUAACUACUUUUUCAUGAAUUUUGGUUGUUAUAUAACUGCUAGUAUUACACCUAAUUAAGAGUUAUUGUUGUAAUAUAGAUGUAUCUAUUUAUAUUCCUUACUAUUAAUUAUAGUUCUUUCAUUUUGAACGAUCGUAUAAACCCCUUGACCUAUAAAACGAUUACUGGAAAUAUCGUAUUGAAACGGAAGAACUAUAAGUCCCAUACCAUGUACCUACAACUAUUUAAUACAUAUUUUUAUGUCUAUUAUUAAAUCAUUAUAAUGCUUCUCUGUGAGUCAGAUUGAAUUAAAUAGUCUGUUUUUAAGGAUAUAUUUUUAUAAAUAUAAUACCACAUUAAGGUUGCUUUCCACCAUUGAUGAAUGAGGAUGUGUAGCGAAAGGUGUAUUUGUUAUCAACCAAUAGAAUAUCGUCCACUAGAGCUGCGCUGAGCGAGAAUAGGUAAAUUCAGUGAUUCUAUUGAUUCAUAAACACACAUUCCUACGCAUCCUCGCACAUGUCUGGUGGAAGCACAGCGUUACGUACACAUUUGGUACUAUUUGUCACAAAGUGAUUCUCAUUAUAAAUUCUGUAAGACACGUUGUUGAGACAUUUUAAUGCAGUUGUGAAAUGUAUAUAGGUUUUGUAAGUGUUAUAAACAUCACUUGUACCUGCUUCUUUAAACAAUACGACAGACAAAGCAAAAUUAUUGUGCUUACAAAUAUUAAAAAAUAAAUCAUAUAUGCAUAGUUUUAUGUUUCAUUG